UCAACACGAUGACUUCUCCAACGUUUGUCUUCAUUCUGACAUGUUUGGUCCUGGGGCUAGCUGCCCAGACAGCUGUUCCGAAACCACCUUCAGCUGUCAGACAUGAGAGUCGAGAACCUGGGGAAAGUGUGACGUUAGAAUGUCCCUUCAAAAAUGAUGAAUCUUCAUGGAUUUACUGGUUCAAACAAACUCUAGGAGAGGACCUGAGGCUUAUCUGUUCCACCUACAGAUAUGGAAAGAAUGCUACUUAUAACAGCGAAUUUAAAAACAACCCACGCUUUGUAACGGACACUCAAAAUGGUAAAAAUCGCUUAACAAUCUCAGAUUUGCAAGUGUCAGACUCAGCUACAUAUCACUGCAUCACUUCAGAUUACUCCAUGUUAGAAAUUCUAGCCACCAUCACAGUCAGUGUGAAGGGUUCAGGUGUGAGCGUCCCAGCUCUGGUCCAUCAGUCAGAGUCUGAAACCAUCCAGCCAGGAGGCUCUGUGACUCUGAACUGUACAGUCCACACUGGGACCUACUACUGCACUGUGGUCUCACGUGGAGACGUGACCAAGCUGGACUUUGGAGAUGAGGUGAGCUCUGGUGUCUUGGUGUAUUCUCUGAGUGGAGCUUUGAUAUUUCAGACUGUCCUGAUAGGUGUCCUGGUCCUGGUCACUUUCCUGGCCUUCACAGUCCGCAUGAUUAACAGGAGAAAAAAGAGGAAAUCUAACGAGUCUUCAUCCGACAUAGCAGAGGAUUACCAAAACCUCCAGCAGCUCUGUUAUGCUGCAGUCAAUAUGACCAAGAGAUCAAGAAGACAGAGAGAUCUGACCUGGAGUGAAUGUGUGUACCACACCUUAAGGAAGUAAAACCUAACAUGUUACAUCUGAGCUUCGUUUCCUAACUGUACAUUUAGAUUUCUGUCUCUAGAAUAUAAAGUGACGGCCAAACAGACAGUGUGAACAGCUUCAGUCCCUUGAUUUGAGAGAUGAGUGCAAAGAGAUAUGUUUUAUGUGAAAGAGUGCUGCAGCAGGAGUGCAUGUACAAAAUGACUCACUGACCAAUGAUCUCCAGCUGAUAUGGCAGCAUUAAUACUUUUCAGGAGCUCUUGUUUUGUUGUUUCCUCUGUGUAGCAACCCAGUAAUGGCUAGCAGUUAAGCUUGGUGAUUUUGUUCCUUUUAGGUUUCUACUUCCUGUUUUUCUAUACUGUUGUACGUUUUGGUUACUUCACUUCCUGUUCAGCUAAUAGCUUGAUAAAACAGCUUAACAUGAUUCUCGUUAUGCCUUAAACUUAUUUUACUUUACCUUACUUGUUACAAGUAACUUUGUCCACUCCUAGAAGGCAUUAUAAAUGUAUGAAAGCAGUUAUGUAAUUUAUUUUUGUAUGCAUUUUCAGUGUGCAGGAAAUUUAACCUCAACCCCAGGCUAUUGCUUUGCAAAGUAAAUUCAGUAGAAGAUCAGUGAUGGGUUGAGCAGGCAAAGAGAUCAUCUGAAGGUUGUCUUGUUUGUGAAAUCAGGAAUGUAUUUUUGCACAUAAUUAACAGCAACAUUUUGGUGCUCCAAAUCACUGAUGCUGUGGAAGAGGGGUGUCCAAACUAUGGCCUGGGAGCCAAAUGUGAAAAUUGAUCUAGUGUUAAUUGGCCCACACAAAUGAUGGAAAUAAAAUAAAAUAUGGCUCAUACUGGAACAUGGAACUUGUGCUUGACUUUCUUGUACUUUGUGGUUUCAGCAGCAGGCACUACCUUACCAAUUCUGUAAACAAACAUUUUGAUGAGAAGACUUUAUCUUUGUUUUUGUUUUUUUUUUGUUUUUUGUUUUUUUUGUUUUUUUUUUCCAUUUACAAAACUAUAAAUGAUGACCACUAGAACCCAAAAUGAUAGCACUAUUAUUACAGCAGCAAAUGGCAGUAACAAUAGUGUUCAAGGGGUGGAGCCAGGGCCUACCUGGGCCUCCUGAUAUCUGAUUGGCCUCCCCAAGACCCAUGACGUGAUUAGCUAUUUACCGUUAACAUGCCAUUUAGGUAUACUCAAUAUUUUAACCUACAUUAGAUUGGUAUAUACUGACUUUAAUAUGGUCAAGGUGUGGUCUAUGAAUGUGGACCCACUUUCUCUUAUGUUUUUAAG